UGCUUCAAAUGGCUCUCCCUCCCUCUCCCCCAACCACCUCCUCGCACAGAAAACAAGAUAGAAGGCAGGCUUGAGCUUUCUCAUGCCUGCCUGCUUCUAAGAUUUCUACUUCAGCUCGCACAGAGAACUUCACGAAGUAUCGGCAUAGAAACAACCCGGAAGAGGAACAAGACGAACGGAAGUCACGUGACGGACAUGUCCCGGAACGCUAGAAAUGGCUGCGGAAGCUUGCGUGCCGGCAGAGUUUAGCAAAGAUGAAAAAAAUGGAUCAAUUCUUUCUGCAUUUUGUUCUGAUAUACCCGACAUCACUUCUUCUACUGAGAGUCCAGCCGACAGUUUCCUGAAAGUGGAACUGGAACUGAACUUGAAACUGUCAAAUCUGGUUUUCCAGGACCCCGUACAAUAUGUGUACAAUCCUUUGGUAUAUGCGUGGGCACCUCAUGAGAAUUAUGUGCAGACAUACUGCAAGUCCAAAAAGGAGGUCUUGUUUUUGGGUAUGAACCCAGGGCCAUUUGGCAUGGCACAAACAGGGGUUCCCUUUGGGGAGGUUAAUCAUGUACGUGACUGGUUGCAGAUUGAAGGGCCUGUAUCAAAGCCAGAAGUAGAGCAUCCAAAAAGGCGAAUACGUGGGUUUGAAUGUCCUCAGAGUGAAGUGAGUGGUGCUCGAUUCUGGAGUUUGUUCAAGUCACUGUGUGGUCAACCUGAGACUUUUUUCAAGCACUGCUUUGUACACAACCACUGUCCUCUUAUCUUCAUGAACCAUUCAGGCAAGAAUCUGACCCCAACAGACCUUCCUAAGGCACAGCGGGACACCUUGCUGGAGAUAUGUGAUGAAGCCCUUUGCCAAGCUGUUAGGGUACUUGGAGUAAAAUUGGUUAUUGGAGUUGGAAGGUUCUCUGAGCAACGUGCAAGAAAAGCCCUAAUGGCAGAAGGAAUUGAUGUUACUGUAAAAGGAAUAAUGCAUCCUUCUCCCAGGAACCCACAGGCUAACAAAGGCUGGGAAGGCAUAGUUAGGGGCCAGUUGCUGGAACUCGGAGUUUUAUCUUUACUAACUGGCUGAUAGUUUACACAUAUUGUUAGGCCAAAUAACUACAAACAUGCCGAACAUUACAGAUGGCGUUCAUGAGCACACUUUGAAUUUGGCUUCAUUUACAUAUAAAAUACUUUUCUUUAAUGUACAACUAGGGUUGCCACCUGGCCGGUAUUUUACCGGCCUGGCCGGUAAAAAUGAUGGUUGAUCCCAAAAAAAGAUAAAUAUAUAUAGGAAGGCCGGUAUUUUUAAUCAGAAAAGGUGGCAACCCUACUUACAACUAACAUUGAUAAUAUAGGCUGUGGUCACAGAUGAUCUGUGGUGCUAAUACAGUGAUUAUUAUUGCAUUCAUAAUAUUGUAACAUCAUAAGUUAUGUUGAAAACAGACGCAUGUCCAUUGGGUUCAACUUUAAGUCUGUAUAUAACCUGCCUACCUGCUACUUGAUCCAGAGGAAGGCAAAAAAACCCAUUUGAAACCUCUCCAAAAAAAUCCUUCCUGAUUCCAAGAUGGCAAUUGGACCAGUCCCUGGAUCAACUUGUACUAUAAGCUAUCUUCCAUAACCCUGUAUUCCCUCACUUGCUAAGGGAAUACAACUGCUGGGGUUGUAUGGGGGUUGUAACCAGUUAUGACUUUCAUUCCAUGCUAGAUGGAUAUGUAGGUACAUUGUUAUUUGAUGUGUUAUUUAAAUUUAGAUUUUGUAUAUGUCUGGGGGGAAAUCGUCUGUGCAUUGAGGUGAAAAUACGUAUAUGUAUCCGUGAACACCAAAACAUCUAUGAAUCUUGAAAGCCAAAAAUGAGUUAAAGACCAAUUUUCUGAAUUUAGCUUUUGUACAGUAUUCCAGGGUGUAUUCUGUUAUAAAGAGCAUAUCUGCCGAGUGACAGAGAGGCUGUAUUAACCAUGGCGAAAUCAUUAUCUCACAAUUGCUAGUGUGGAAGAAAAGUUACUUCUUUCUCUGUACAUUCUGGAAAGGUGUCUGGUUCUGGCCUCCUACUGACUUUUGAAAAAUACAGCAUAAAUGGGUCUGGCCAUUGCAAAAGCAGAAUGUUUGUUGGUGCGCAUUCAUGAAAACUUCCAACUAUUCAUGUUACAGGUCAUAUUCUAACAGUAUUGCUCUAUGUGAAAAGAGAAAUAGAGCAACAUCAACAAAACAGGAUAGAAUUUACAGGUACUGUAUAUUUCUUCAAAAAAAAUUAAAAAAAAUCUUUCCUUUAAGAGAAGGCUGCACAGGCAAGACUUCGCAUCUGUCUGGUGGAGGAGCAAUUGGCUUUUUGACAUGCAGUUAUUUUUUAAUGGCCUGCAUUUUUUUUUCCAAAUAAGCUGACAUUUUCUCCUUACUACGGUACAAACUUUACAUAGAAAUAUAUGUAAGACUACCUUGGCUGCUUUAUUUUGUUACUCAUUGUCCACGAAAGACCAUCGUAUUCUAAGGGUUAUGAUUAACUUGCUGAUAGGUAGCUAUUUACAGCAGUAACCACUCUGCUGCUACAGUAACAACCACUGUGUGGUGGGAGAGACUCACUCUUGGGUAGCAGGUGCUGUCGUCUCUACUGCCAUAUGCUAAGCUGUUAGCAUGUUCUUCUUUAGAACCUGGUGCUUACAGUGGAGAACUUGCUGGUAAUAAGACAAGGUGAACGGCUCAUUACAAGUUCUAAUGUAUGUCUGGAAGGUGCAGCGAGGCAAGGGGCAUGCACAGACUGCUUUAUAGCGUUCAUAAAGUAGCCCAUCUUGUCUCAUUGCUUAUGUAAACUAUUCCCUCCUAAUUAACAGGAGGAAAAAUUGCCAGCUUAGAUUUGUUUUCUGCUUGCCAACAGGACCAAGAUUUCAAGUUAUAAAAAAAAGACCUACAGUGUUUGACUUGGAAAAUUAAAAUGUUUAAUGCCUGUUAUAGGUAAAGUGUGUAUCUAUUUGGUUGCAUUUUAAUAAGGACCAAGUAAGACAGAAUAGUAAUGAGAUAGUGUAGAUCACUCUUAAUCAUGCAUUAAGCCCUUUGUAAAAUGAUCAUAGGGUAAAUAUACCCUAUUUGUAUGUAGUGUUAGUUCCAAUGCAUGUUCCUUCAAAUAGCAAAAUAUUUAAAAUGUCUUAUAUUAAUCGAACACGUUUCCACUGUAUAUUUGCCUUCACUCAUGUUAAUGCCUGUGGAACAUGGAGUCCUCCUUGACUCUCUGAAAAUGCUGACUGAGUGGACUCCCUGUGCACCAUAGGCCUAAAGAGAGCUGCAAUUUAUUUGCUGCUGCCAUUAUUACCUGCUGUUCUUGUCUUAGCCAAGACAACAUUUUCCAUUGAUUUAUAACAGAAAUAUGUAGAGAAGGAAUGUGUCUAGUUAUUUGUGCUGUAAUGUUUUCUUUUUAUAAUCACACUACUGCUACUCUACCAUUUGUUUUCCUUUUUUUAAAAAAUAUUACUAGAUUAAUAUAUCAACCUGUAGAAUAAAAACUUGAUUUAAUAAA